AUGAGAGGACUGAUUGUCUUCAUCAGUGCGGUGUGCUUGGCCAGCACACAGCACCAAGCUCUGAUUGACUACUUGGAACGCCGACUGCUCGCGAUUGAGGACCGCAUCUCCCUGUGGCAUGAACAGGCCACCCGAUAUGCCUCCGAGCUGCGGGAACUCAAACAACAGAUGGUUUCUCAGCUCGAGAACCUGGACAAAGAGAAGGAGAUAUUGCGCGUGAGUCUGGACAGCAUGGGGACGCGCGUAGACCGAGUGGAGCGCGAGUUGGACUACCUGGAGAGCCAGAACGGCGCUCAGCCGUGUGUGGAUGUGGACGACAAGCUGAUCGAGCAGCAGGUCAUUGAAGUGCAGGAGAAGCAGAAGACCAAGUACUUCAAACUUACUGACUGCAACGACAUGCUUUCCACCAUAAAGGCCAUGAAGAUCUUAAAAAGAGUGGGAGGUCCCAAGGGAAUGUGGACCAGAGACACCGGCGGCGCCUCGGGGAAGGUCUUCGUCUUUAACGGGACGCAUGAAGACAGUAUCUUUGAGUUUUCCACUGUCCAAGCCUUUACACGCUCACAGGGCCUGUCUGACUCCAGGCAGUUGCAGCUUCCCUCUGCGUGGCAGGGGACGGGACAUGUCAUCUACAACAAUCACGCCUAUCUGGUCAUUCAGGCUGAUGAGGUGACGCUGGUCAAAUACGACUUAAGAAACAGGUCUGUGAUUGAUAGCAUGGUGUUCCCAGACCAGGACUACCUCCCAGUGUACAGCCUAAACCCUGAAACUGUGAUGGACCUGGCUGUGGAUGAAGAAGGCCUGUGGGCCAUUUACUCAAAAGGUCAGAAUGAGAAGCAAAUCUCCUUGAGUAAACUAGACGCCGUAUCGCUGAGCACCGAGCAGACGUGGGACACAAGCUGCCCAAGAAAGAACGCAGAAGCCGCCUUCGUCAUCUGUGGCACGUUGUACGUGGUUUACAACACGCAGCAGCCCGGUCGCUCGCAAGUGCAGUGCGUAUUUGACGUCAACGACAUGGUGGGCAACGAUGACGUGCCUCUGGUUUACUUCCCUAAACGUUACGGCGCUCACGCUAGUCUCAAGUACAACCCGCUGGAGCAGCUGCUUUAUGCUUGGGAUGAUGGAUACCAGAUUCUCUACAAACUCGUCAUGAAGAAGAAACUUGAGGUUUAG